CAAUAGGAAGGCGAUAUUGUGGACACGCAUGAAACGCAGGAGCUGAUUGAUUUCGGUCUUGUGAGUUUUUCCAAACAGCACUGGAGCUGAAGUACUUCUCAGUCAACUUCUUUAUUUUGCCACCGAUUAAAUUCCCUUAAUUUAACUUAUUUUUUUCAUUUCUUGUUUGCACCUGCCCAGAGGAUAGCGGUGCGUCCGACCCGCCUCCUCAUUGCGGUGCCAGGAGUUGGACUGCCGAGCUGCGCGAAUCGCUUGCAGGGAUAUGGGAAAAUUACUGCGGCUUUUGUCGUUGCGCACCUGAGCGUUUGGGAGAUUCAUAAAAGGCAUUUUAAAGGCCAAUUAACACUCUCAGUCAGCCAGAAUUUAAAGACACAAGCAGGGACUUACUUGCAUUGAUCUUUAACACAAGGUUUGCACUUUGGGGAAGUUCGCAGGAUGGCCUCGUCGGACUGCUUCAAAUGGGUCGUUGUCAUCUUGUGUUUUUCAUCUUUAAUAUCAGGACGCUUGGAGAGAACGAGGGCACCUAAGAUUCAUACCCCUGUCACUCCACUCAUUCUUCACAAAGGCAAUCCGUUGAACAUCACAUGCAGCGGUCACGGCGUCUUCAACUGGACACUCGCCAAUGCCCAGCGAUCGAUCUCAUCAGAGGGGGUGAAGGUGGAGAAUUGUGAUUUAAGACGUCACCAUCAGUCACACUGCAUCAGACUGACAGUCACACAUCUGAGUGCCAGUGACACAGGGAGCUACACCUGUAAAUACUCCAAAAAUGGUUCAGACCACACCAUAUCCACCUAUAUAUAUGUCAAAGAUCCUGAGCAACCGUUUGUGGAGCUCCAUCAUCUUGUACCUUAUGCUCUGAUCAUCUACAGGCAUGAGACCAGCCUUGUUGUCCCGUGUCGGACAUCCUCUCCUCAUACUAAUGUAACACUGAAAGCGAGCCCGGAUUUUUCUAAGGAGGUUGAAAAAGAAAUUGUAUGGGAUCCAAAGGUGGGGUUCAGGAUCCCCUACAGUCCCUACACUACCUACGACCUUCUGACAUGUCAGACCACGGUGAAGGGUCGACUGGUCAAGUCAAUGUACAUCCCAAAGAGAUAUACCCUUGUUCUUAAAAAUGUGAAGAUUACCCCAGAAAACCCCCGUGUUAAAGUCUUGGUUGGAGACACCCUCAUCCUCAACUGCAGUGCAGAGACCACCUAUAAUGGAAGAAUCAACUUCACCUGGAAUUUUCCAAAGAAGAGCGAAAAUCGGCAUGAAAUACACAAGUCCCCACUCAAGCCUGCAAAGGUUCUUAUAAUGAGCAGUGUUUUAGUGUUGCCAAACAUUACCAUGGAGGAUAAGGGAGUGUAUCAGUGCAGCGCUGAUCUGGAUCCCAAAAUAUACAAGAAUGCUACAGCAAAAGUCAUUGUCUAUGAGCAUCCAUUCCUUAACAUCUCCUAUAAGAAUGAGCGGCGUAGUACAGUGGAGGUCCUUGAAGGUGAAAGAAAGGUUGUGUUUGAUCCCAAGGUCAAUGCUUUGCCACCACCAGACGUGAUGGAAUGGUACAAGAAUGGCAUCCCGAUCCAGAAGAAUUCCACUUGCUACAAGACAUCAUCUUCUUACAGCUUGACCAUCAUUAAUGUGCAAGAAAAGAAUGCUGGUGUGUUCACCUUAAGUCUGGGCAACAAAGUGAAGGGGCUGUACAGGAAUUUGAGCUACACCCUGGUAGUCAAAGUGAAGCCAGCUAUUUCAGAGGCGGAGCUUGCUGCUGUGAACGUGCACCAUUACACGUCUGGCAAGGACCAUCGCCUAACCUGCACUGCUUAUGGCGUUCCCUUGCCAACCAUCACUUGGCACUGGCAACCGUUUAACUCAGACAUGACGUUUAAAAGUCAUUUGGAGCCAUUCAAAGUCAAAGUGAAUGACAGGAAAAAUGACUUUGACAACUGGAUUAAGAGCAUAGAUGAGAAGCCUGAACUAGUUAAAGGAAAAAACAAGACUGUGAGUACCCUGGUGAUCGGAGAUGCACAUGUUUCAGGAAGAUUUUUCUGUAUGGCCGAGAAUGAGAUUGGCCAAAGCGAAAUGACACUGCCUUUCUAUGUUGAUGAUCUCCCUGAGGAAAUAUCCAUUGAACCUCAGAAAGCAAUUGAAGGGAAUAACGUCACUCUGACGUGUCGGGCAACCCGUUAUCUCUACACUGAUCUACAGUGGCUGGAUUCCAGGAAUCAAACAAUCACUUCCAACGUGUCUAGUCUCCAGUUCAGCCGCUACUCCAUUUUAAUCUCUCUGUAUCUGCACAGUGUGUCCCAAAACAGCACUGCAGGUUACAAGUGCCAAGCCUACAAGGUCAAUAAGAAGCAUGAACUCAAGAAGGUUGCACUUACUGUGGAUGCCAGAAGAAGACCAUGGCUGAGUCAAACUCUGACUAGCCAAGGUGUGAACAGUAGCGGCACCCUGACGCUGGUUUGCAAUGUAUCAGCAGUUCCUCCUCCCAAAAUCACAUGGCUCAAAAAUGGCGUUCUAUUAGAAAAAAAUCCAGGUAUCACACUGGGAGACGACGGGAUCCUGAUUAUUGAGAGGGUCAAGAAAGACGAUGAGGGUCUGUAUGAGUGUAUAGCCAGCAACACUGAGGGGGUCCUGAAAACAAACGCUUCAGUUUCUGUGCUGGGAGAUGAAGCGAAGCCAAACAUUGAGGUCAUCAUUUUGGUGUGUACGGGAGCAGCAGCCACGUUCCUCUGGAUCAUGCUCAUCCUCUUCAUUCGCAAGCUAAGGAAGCAACCAGCACAUUACAAGAUGGGUCCAUCUAUCAUCAUUGAUCCUGACGAGUAUCCCCUUGAGGAGCAGAAUGACCUCCUUCAGUACGACAGCAGCAAAUGGGAAUUUCCCCGUGACCGUCUGCAACUAGGCAAAACUCUCGGCCAUGGUGCUUUUGGAAAAGUGGUCGAGGCUUCUGCUUUUGGGAUCGACAAGCUCUCAACCUGCAAAACUGUUGCAGUCAAAAUGCUGAAAGGGGGUGCUACAUCAAAUGAGAGAAAGGCUCUGAUGUCAGAGUUAAAGAUCCUGAUCCACAUUGGCCAUCACCUCAAUGUGGUUAACCUGCUGGGAGCUUGCACAAAACCUGGAGGACCGUUGAUGAUGAUAGUGGAGUUCUGCAAAUAUGGAAAUUUGUCCAACUAUUUGAGGAGCAAGAGAGAUGACUUCCUUGUCUACAAAAGCCCGGAUGGUAAGGUGGUUUCAUCCGGAUCGGGGUGCGAACUGAGCGAGCUGAUGAAGCGCCGUUUGGAGAGCGUGGCCAGCACCGGAAGCUCCGCGAGCUCUGGUUUUAUCGAAGAUAAGAGCUACUGUGACGAAGAGGAAGAGGAAGAAGAACCUGAGGAUUUAUAUAAGAGAGUCCUGACACUGGAAGAUUUAAUUUGCUACAGUUUCCAAGUUGCAAAAGGCAUGGAGUUCUUGGCUUCGCGAAAGUGCAUUCAUCGUGAUCUGGCUGCACGUAAUAUCCUGCUUUCUGAGAACAAUGUUGUGAAGAUCUGUGAUUUUGGACUUGCAAGAGAUGUCUACAAAGACCCAGAUUAUGUGCGCAAAGGAGAUGCUCGAUUGCCACUGAAGUGGAUGGCACCUGAGGCAAUUUUUGACAAGAUCUACACAACUCAGAGUGAUGUUUGGUCCUUUGGUGUUCUCAUGUGGGAGAUCUUCUCUCUGGGUGCCUCCCCAUACCCGGGCGUGCAGAUUGAUGAAGAAUUUUGCUGCAGACUGAAAGAAGGGACCAGGAUGGGAGCGCCAGAAUAUGCUUCCUCUGAAAUAUAUCAGACCAUGCUGGACUGCUGGCAGGGUAAGCCCCAGGAGCGACCGACCUUCACUGAGCUGGUGGAAAGGCUGGGAGACUUGCUUCAGGCCAGCGUGCAACAGGAGGGUAAGCACUACAUACCCAUCAACACAGCUUUGCUGGCAAAGGUGGGAGACCAGACUGCUGUAGUAUCAUCAGAGGAGACACGGCCAAUCUCCUACCGCGACUCAGGGAGCACCUGGAACAUUAAGAUCCGUCCUGCCAGCGUAAAAACCUUUGAUGAGGUUGCCAUGGAGGACGGAAUGAGUGAGAACCACGAGGGUCAUUCAGACAGUGGGAUGGGCCUUUCGUCUGACAACAUGAAGACACUGAUGCGCUUUGAGUCACUGGCAGGCCGACCUCUGAGCAUCUUAGCUCUGGCGAUGAAGGCAGUGAGUAAGAGUAAAGAGUGCAUGCUGAGUGAUGCAGAGAAGGAGAAGUACCAGCCCAUGAUCCCCUCUCUGGACUUCAGUCUGGAUGACUCGGCUCUGGACGCCACCCUUGAGUGUCACAGCCCACCGCCUGACUAUAAUUCUGUGGUGCGCUACUCCACCCCCCCUGUGUAACCUCCUGUUUUGCCCCUGGAGAAUCUGAGAAUGACGGCUUCAAGGCCUUUUGCUUUGUUCUCCUCUGUUUUGACUCUUAUCUCCGGACUCUGUAGCAACAUUUGAGAGGGAAACACGAAAGGAUGCUCAUGAAUCAGCUCGACCCAAUUUUUUCCAACUUCAAGGAAAGCUGUAGACCGGUGAUUCCUCUCCAGUUUGUAGGGCAAUAUUAAAGCUGCUGGUCUGGUCCACAUUCACUGUAAUAUGACAAACAGCUGAAAACAGGCUCAGGUAUUUCUUUGAUCUACUGUGAAACAAACCACGAUGAUUCCAGCUUUGAACAAGCUACAGCGUUUGGAGAUGAAGAAGCCAGAAAAGAAAAGAGAUAGGGUUCCUUAGAUCUUUCAAAUUCAUAUCAAAACCUUUUUUUAAAACAAAAAAAAAAAAAAAAAUGAAGGGUUAAUUUUAUUGAAAAAGUGAAAACUGGAGAGUAACUUCUGAAUUUGUUUUUUUUGUAAUACGGCUCCAUUGUUUCAUGUGAAGGUUCACUUUAGCUCAAAACAAAAAGCAGAUGGGGGGUAAAAAAACAGCAUUAAUUAUGAAAAGUCUUUUUUGAGGUCAUGGCUCCUGUAAUCUCAUAAAAUAUUCAGCCCAACUAACUCAGGUUGACCAAGAGUGAUAGAGGAGAAGGCUACUCUGGAUCUCUCUUGGGUUUCAGUAAAUCACAGGUUAUGGGGGAAACAGGGUAAAGCUGAGAGUAAGAACAGACAGCUUCAGAUUGAACUGUCUGACUAUGAAACCCUUUCAGUUACUGUAUAUGCAGACUCCUCCUUCCUCCUCCUGUCCCAGGUAUUAAAGAAAUGCUUUGUUUUUACAUUUUAAAUAGGUCCAGCUAAAAGAGAGCGUCUUUUUCUUGUGUACAGACGUAGUUAGAAACAUCAUAGGAACAAUUUAUUCAAGAGGCACUAGUCAAAUGAAUUGUGUAUUUAUAGAUUGAAGACACUGUCACUUAGUAAUAUAGCUCUGUUGUUUAUUUACAUUCAUAUUUAAAAAUAACCAAAGGAUGCUCUAGCUCAGUCUGUCUGAUAUCAUGCAAUAUCCCAGUGUUUAAUUCCAGACUUUAUCUGCUGUUUGUGCUGCUGUAUUCACUCAUGAUAAAGCUGAGGGAACCUGCUUCUGAAGAAUCACGUUUGUAAUGUGAGGCGGGAUAUUCUCAGUCCUUUGUCUUGUUCUAAUAAAGCUUGCAGUGCGAGCUACCAAAACUUUGUGUUUGGGUGUGUGUGUGUGUGUGUGUGUGUAGGUGAGAGAGAGCAGUGAGUUCAUUGUGUAAAAUCUUGUUUAAAAGCAUGUUGAGCUUUUUUUUUUUGUGUGAUACAGCAAGAACCGAAGUCACACAUUUUCACACACACACACACACACGUAUCCUGUGGAAAUGCAGCUAGCUCAUGCCCAUUAACCACUAUAGAAACAGUAUUUGUCAGUGAGUUAAAAAAAAACUCCGGUUUAAUAUGACUAUUUUAAACCUGUGUAUUUCCAUGUUUUGUUUGUGGUUGCGUAUUUGUGUAUGAGGAGAGGGAGUGAUUAUGCACUGAUGCUUUAUCAAGUAUAUCAAGUAUAUUUUUUGUAUUUCAAAGUUGUAUUAUUAGGAACGUAUGUUGAGGGUCACAUGCUAAAAAAUAUUUCUUGUUUUGUUUUUUUAAGUAGGAAACUAACACUUGCAUUAUUUGUUGCAUUAUUUCAUACCAGCCUAACAUCAUCACUGCCAUUCAUUAUGGAAAUAGGUAUCUAUGUCAAGCUUCUUAUAAAUGGAUCAAUCCAUUUAGUCUCCACUUCCUAUAGAAUUAUUAUCUCAUAAAUACAUAGAUGGAUUUUAUUUCAUGUUUGUGUAAAAAUCAUGACUAAUGUUUCCUGCAGCAGUUGAAACAUUCCUCGUAGCUGCUUCUGUGUUGUCCAUGUAGUUUAACAAGUUAGUGUUAAAGAAAAUGAUGUUCUGCAACACUGUUAACUGAGUGUAUGAAGUCAAUAAAUAAAGAUCUAUAUAUUUAUACAUUA